AUGUGCAGCCGGGCGCCCGCCAGCCCGAGCGAACGCCGAGGUCACCUCCGCCACGUGGCUAGCCGGGCCGGUGGACCCUGGGGGCAUGCCCGGCCCACACCGGCCUCGGCUCCGCCCCAGCCUCCAGGCCCCGCCCACACAAGCCUCCAGGCCCCGCCCUCCCUCGACUGUUACUGGCUCCCAACCCGGACGUCCUGUUCAGUGGCGCGUCUCAAGGAGGUCGGCGAGGAGAUAGUGGUGAGAUCUCUGGGCUCAUUGGUCCCUCCGCCCAUCAGUCACUCGGCGGCCCGCGGGCUCAGUAGGCGGGUUAGGCAGUCCCGGGACAUGGCGGAAGGUGGAGGCUGGCAGCCGCCCCGCCCGUGCGAGGCCUACCGCGCCGAGUGGGAGCUCUGCAGCAGCGCCGGCCACUUCCUGCGCCACUACUACGUGCACGGCGAGCGGCCGGCCUGCGGGCAGUGGCGGCGCGACCUGGACAGCUGCCGCGAGUGGGAGGAGCGCCGCAGCGCCGAGGCCCAGCGGUCCCUACGUGAGAGCGAGCAGGCGAGAGUCCGGGCUGCACAGAAGCAUGGCCUGGUGUGGGCCCCCAGGCAGAGCCCCCCUGCAGACUGGCACCUCCCUCUGCCCCAGGACAACAACCGGUGACAGGCCCAAAUAGUCCAGAAGGUCCCUGGGAGCUUCCGCCUGGUGUGGGACACAGAGUCCCCGUCUCCAGCCUCGCCUGCCCCGCCACACUCAGAGCCAGUUCACCCAGCGUGCAGCUCCAGGAAGCCAGGCACCCCCGCGUGUCCCUGUGGGCGGCCAACGGGCAGGCCUGGGGACAGCAGCAAGGAGAGGCCAUCCCAAGGGCUGGGCUCCUCAGUUGAACACUUGAGGGGCAGCCCGGAUCCGUGUGGAUGCGUAGGUGGCCCCGUCUGGCCCUGGUCUGGUGACGGCCACGCAGUGCUGGCCACAGGUGUCCUCCCACCACGGCCACUCCCUCUGCUCUGUAGGCGCGGGCGGCGUCACCUCCUCGGCCCACAGCUCCAGGACACACAACCUUGUGUAAAGAGGGUUCCUAUACUCUUGGCUGAAGACACCCAAGCCCAAGACACAUGGAAUUUUGGUCUCCUUCCCUCAGAAUUUCCAUUGGUCGUUUUUUGAAAAUGUGGAGUAUAUCAAAAGACAUUUCACAGGUUUGAUUCCAAACAGAAGCUGAAAAUUAAAUCCAGUUUAAUUUUGAAAGGGUUAGAUUUAUAACCUGACAUUGUUGUCCUGGCCAGUAUUAGAAUUUUGUAUGUUUACACUCUUGUGGAUGUUUUUAAAAUAUAUGUAUUUGUACCAACGAGAACACUAGUUCUUUAGAGGUCUCUUUAUUACGGGUGAAACGAUUUAGCAUCUGUGCCGCGUAAUAGGCCCCACCAUGUGGUGCUGAGGGUCAGGCCUGCGGCAUCUCAGUGCCUCCCUCACGACCUGGCCAGAGGUGGUGGUUCAACAUCAUUUAACUCAUUCUUGGGGGCAAAAUAAUCCAUCACUUCAGAAGGGCAUACAUUAAGAGUAAAAUCUCCCAUCAUGUGUGUUUGCUGUUGUACGCCCCAAGAGUCCUUUGUGACUGUGUACCUUCGAGUGGUGGGGUGUGCACAAAGGACUCCCGCAGCAGAGGUGAGUAUAAAGAAGACCCAGGGUCCCCCCAUUGCAGUGGGGAGCCCUGGUGUGUCUGAGGCAACCAGGGUCCGUCCACCGUGGCUGCGUUCACGGGCAUUUCUGGCCGAGGAGGGAGAGGGAGGCUGCUACAGCUCCACCUGUGUCCUCCUUGCUCGGAAACCUAGGCAGGGAGGCCUUCUGUCUGGAAUGGCAGCCGCUCCUGGUGGAGCCGCCCUCCUGCUGCUGCUGGGUUAGGGCCGUGGGCGCCUGUGGCCAGGUUCUGGCUCCAUCAGGAGUCCCACAACUUCUUAGAUGCUAAGCGAGCUCCACCGCAGAUGAUCGUCACCCUGGAAAAUGUUCCUCUGUCCACCCAUGUCCACCCCUCAUGUCUGCACACCCUGGGACCACAGGCUUGAAAGGGACAAGUGGCCUCAGAGUCCCGUUAAGUUCAGGAGACAGACAUGAACGUUCAAACAUCAGCUGUGAAGAAAAUGGACAGUGACAAGGAAGAGCACCAUCUUUCAGACUUUGGGGACAGAGCCCACGAUGAUAAGCAGUUUGCGUUGUGACCUGGUACAUCCUGUUACAUGGCGCACUGUCACUGAGCUGGGCUUCGCGGAGCAGCACCUGCCCCCACCCUAUGAGACACUGCUGCUGGGCCUGGCUCCAUUACAUGACGCCGUGAAAGGACGUAAUUACAGGGAUGCGGACGAUUAUGGGGCCGGGGGUCAGGGACAUGGGGCAGCAUCCUGUAGUGCAGGACCGCAGGGGUGGCUGUGCUGUGACACAUGGACACACAGAUGAGCACAGCCACAUCUGGGAGCCUGGACCUAUUCUGGCUGCACAGCCUAUCUCUGGGUGCUGGCAUGACUGGCCCUGUAAGAUGUGACACUGGGGGGAGCCGGAGGAACCACACACAGCACCUCCCUGUUGA